AUGGCUUUGUCUCUGACAAGGUCAGCGGAACUUCUCACAUUGCAGCUGCUGCGCGCGGGCCCCGAGGGCAAGGACCACACAAGCGUCUCGAUGGAGCGUUUUGUCAUGCUCCCACACUUUACACCAGAGUAUGCUGUUCAGUGGUAUCGAUUCAAGGUCCAGGCCAUCGUGGAGCAUCAUGGCGAGCAGAUUACCUCAGGCCAUUACCGCUCUGUUCUCAGAGUGGACGUGAAUGAGUGGCUACACACUAACGAUGGCCAGCCGGCAGAGCGCAUCUGUUGGUCUCCUGAGCGUGGCAGCCUUGCUUAUUUGAUUUGGCUCACUCCUGUUGGGGAUUCUUCCAGUUCACCGGAAGAGCGACCGCGCCUAGUGCAGGAUGGGGAGCAGGAGUGGAAUUUCUACAGGAAUUUCUGGCCUUCUGGCCAACCCGUGCCCUCUGACUCCUCCACGGCGGUUACGGAUCCCAAGCCCGAGGAGCGUGAGACCAAGGCUGCUCGGCAUGGUGUCAGCAAGGGUCAGGGAAAGAAGCCGCCAGCGGCAGAGGCCGCUCCCCAUUCUGGUGAGGCUGCCGGCGACGCCGGCCAUGGAUCGCUGUCCUCAGUCAAAUCCCAAGGCACGGAGCGGAAACGGGAGCAUCUCGGUGGUGGUGGUGGUGGUGAGACCUGGGGUGGAGCGGCCACUGGCCCUCCGCAAGCUGGAGGGGGUGGGGGUGGUGGCGGUGGCGGCGGCAAUGGCGCCAUGAGGGAGAUCAGAGACCUUCAAUACUCUCUGGGACUCGUUCAGCGUUUGGUGCUUCGGCUGGAGGAUUGCGCUAUUCUUGCUCGCAUCGAGUCCAGCUUUGUUAUCAAUUUCAAGCUGAAUGUUCCUGCUUCGGUAGUUCCCAUGCUCUUCACUGCUGCGGGCUCGUGGAGGAAGCAAAAGACUGAGGAGCCAGCCACGCUGGACCGCCCCAUGCGCUGCGCCCUUUUCGCCGAGCUUAAGGAUCGAGUGUUGAAGAUUGUGGAACAGACGGACAAGAUGCAGGAGAUGGAGGCUAUGGGGUGGGUUUCGGGUGGCAUGCCCAUCACCUGGCACUUCAUGAGAUGGGACCCAGAGUCCCAGCGUCAAAUUGCCGACACCGAACGCCCUCCUCUGACCCAGUUGGAGCUCCUGGAGGCUAUUGACGGCAUCUUGGCGCUGAUUCCUCGCCAGUUCGUAGUUGCGCGAUUCCAUCCGACCCGGAAGCUGACCCAGGAGAUGCACGGCACAAACCUUGUUUUUCUGCUUCAGACAGGACAGCAUGGAGUAUGGGCGUCGGAGCUUCGUGACACCCUCAAGCGUCUGUGUCACAACGCUGUCUUCCACCUGAUGGCAGCAGCGCUCAAGGCGGACAAACAAAGCCGUUCAGCGCUGGCAAACGCGGUUGCAGCCUGCAUUCAGUGA